UGGUUUGCAGUAACCCAGAAGCAGCAACUCCUCUUUCCCCCCAUCAGUAAUCGGAGACGUGUCCUGUGGCACUUUCCAGAGAUGUUCAGAAAUAAACUGAAAGCUGCGCUAAAGGAAGAAUGAGGAAGGGCCUGUGAAAAUUUUAAAUUUUGCACUCGAGGUUUGGGUUAACUCGAAGACGCGUUAAUCUGAAGACAAUGGACAUUCGACCUAAUCAGACAAUCUACAUUAACAACAUUAAUGAUAAAGUUAAAAAAGAAGAGCUGAAGAGGGCAUUAUAUGCACUGUUUUCUCAAUUUGGUCAAAUAGUUGAUAUUGUAGCGUUGAAAACUAUGAAAAUGAGAGGACAAGCAUUUGUAAUUUUUAAAGAGAUAACAUGUGCCACAAGUGCUUUACGGCAGUUACAAGGAUUCCCAUUUUAUGGCAAACCUAUGCGAAUUCAGUAUGCAAAGACUGACUCGGAUAUAAUUUCAAAAAUGAGGGGCACCUUUGCUGAUAAAGAGAAGAAAAAAGAAAAGAAAAAGGCCAAAACCCAAGAACAAGCUGCUGCAAACAAAAAAGCUAAUCAGGGAACAGCACAGGUGGCAACUUCGAAUUCUAACCAGACCUCAACCAAUCAGGUACCAGACAAUCCACCCAACUAUAUUCUAUUCCUCACUAAUUUGCCUGAAGAAACCAAUGAAAUGAUGUUGUCCAUGCUGUUUAAUCAGUAA